UACUAUUUGUCCGCGAAAGCGUUAACAACGUUCCAACGGAAUAAUAUUACAUACGUAGAAAUAAUAUCAGUAAGGCAGCAGCAACAGCAGUAGCAGCAGCAACAACAACAUCAUCGCGAGUAGCCUCUCUCUUUGCGCCUCUUUCGCCUGUCAACAGUUAUUUUAGCCGAGAGAUUUUUGUGUGACUUUUUCGUGUGCUGUUCGCUUUCGUUUCGUUUGGUUGUUCGGCGGCGGCGACUCCUUCGUUUCAUUAAAAAUACUAAGGCCUUGCAACAAUAACAAAAACAACAACGUGCCUAUGUGUUUGUAUGCGACUGCGUUUGCAUACAGAAAAGAGUAGAGUGUGCAACAACAGUAACUGCAACAACAGUAACAAAAGCCAAAAAAAUCAACAGCUACAUUUGAACGGGAAUCGUUUGUACUUGUUUGUUUAAGCGAAGCCAAGAUGUCCACGCCCACUUCCCCGAAGACGCCCACACCGCCCACUUUGCCACCGGGCGUGACCAAAACAUGUCACAUUGUGAAAAGGCCCGAUUUCGAUGGCUACGGCUUCAAUUUGCACUCGGAGAAGGUGAAACCAGGACAGUUUAUUGGCAAAGUCGAUGCGGAUUCCCCGGCAGAGGCAGCCGGCCUGAAGGAGGGCGAUCGCAUCCUGGAGGUCAACGGUGUGUCCAUUGGCAGCGAAACCCACAAGCAGGUGGUGGCCAGGAUCAAGGCCAUUGCGAAUGAAGUGCGCUUGCUGCUCAUCGAUGUGGAUGGCAAGGCUUUGGAGGUAAAACCCGCAUCUCCGUCAGCCGCUGCCUGCAAUGGAAAUGGCAGUGCCAGUCAGAAUGGAUACGAGGGCACCAAGCAGGAGAUGCCCGGAGCAAGUGCCAAUAUCAGUAGCAUCAGUAUGGUGAGCACCAAGCGAUCCUCAAAUGCCAGCAGCAUUCAGAGCGGCAGCACCAUGAAUGCCUCCGAUUUGGAUGUGGUCGAUAGGGGAAUCCCGGCAGCCACAGCUCCGGUGGCUACCACACCACCGCCUCCCGUUCAAAAUGGUAGUAAACCCUCAUCGCCGAUUAAUAACAACACUCUGAUCAGCACACCACCGCCGCCCUCCGCUACCAAGGCUGGCAUCAAUAACAAUGGCAGUGUUUAUAACACCAAUGGAAAUGGCACAAAUGGCAUGAACACGCCCACCACGCCUCCCCCACCAAGCAGUGGCAAUAAGGCGGGCAGCUUGAACUUACCACUGACAGCCGCCGAAAUGCGCGCCAAGUUGGCCUCCAAGAAGAAGUACGAUCCCAAGAACGAGAGUGUGGACCUCAAGAAGAAGUUCGACAUCAUUCAGAAGCUCUGAGACGAACAGGCAAACGCAACCAACACACAAUACUACUUGUUAUAAUGUCAGGAUGAGGAGCUAGAUAGAGCUGGUUUUGUCAGGCAUACACCACACAAUAUACAAUAUGUUUAGCUAGUAGUACGAAGAGUCACUUAUUAACUAAGCAAGUUUUUAAUUAUUAGCCCCUAAGUGAAAGAGCGACCAACGAUGGUAGUGUAGGCGGAUAUGGAGCACCUACCCUUGGAAUAUCUAUACAUACGACAUACAUGUAUUCUAUAAAUUCAAAUAUUGCAAACUCCGAUUGGCAAUGUUGCCCUGGUUCAUUGAACAACUUUCGUUGAAUAUGUACUUAGUUUUGCUUGUAUUUUUGUAAAGUAAAUAAAGCAAAAAUAUAAAAGAAA